AAAAAUAAAACACAACUCAAUAAAUUUUGCCAGGUUUCAUUCUUCAAUUAGUUUAGUGGAUUGAACGGCUCCAUUUUUAUACUAACAGAAGCAUAUAAUGCCAAAUUAAUUCGGCCAUCAUACAAUGGAAUCGAUGCAGCUUGACCAGAUUGAUGUGAAGCCUCAGUUACUGACAGGAAGCAACGAAAACUCCUCGUCGGAAUCCGAAUCCCAAAAAGUAACCGAGCUGGAGAUCCUGCCUGUCAUCUACGAAAUUAUCAGAAGUAUCGAGAAGGAUCCUGUGGACAACGCUACCAAGCAAAAAGAAAGUCAGGAUUGCAGUCAAAAGGUUCUGGAAUUGCAGAAAAGACUAGAAUCAGCUAGGAUAACCAUUAGACAAUUGCCAGGAAUUGAGUACAGCAAGGAGGAGCAGCUGAGAAGACUUGAAAGCCUUCGCAAGCAACUAGCGCUGAAACAACAACUUAUAAAAAAAUAUAAGAACGUCCAAUUCUAAUCAUGAUUCGCAUGAUUCUUCGGUAUUUGGCCAAUAAUGAACAACUUGUUCAGCGUCUUGCAGAGAGCUACCCCAUGCGCAGAGCAGCCCAAUUACUUGUAAGUGCUUUUUACAAAGGUCGAACAAUAGCACAGGAACAAAAAUUAGGGGAUAUGACACCGGAAAGAUUUAAACGAAUGAUGGAUGCAUUUAAAGCUAAUAUGAAGCAAGAGAUUGAAGCCGCGAAGCAAAAUUUGAAGAAACGUAAAUAAUAGGUAGAUUUGUUUUUCUAAUUUGUUUCUAAUAGUCCAAGUCUAAAUAUAUUUAACUAGCUGUCCCCGGCAAA